UGCUCCUACAUGGUGUAACAAUACAUCAUGUGGGACUUUAAGGCAAUGCUGUUGUUACACUGGUGAGUAAAACUCAUGCUUCCUACACUUUAACUUGUCUGAAAAUAAAAUAUACGUUUUACUCAACUGCGUUACCCACUCCAGUCAGCAGAUGGCGGUCUGGGAAUUUAAGGCAAUGCUUGCUGUUAGUGUGACGUAUAAUCUAGUGGACGGAACGCUUCUUUCAACUGCAGCAACAGUUAGUCAGCCACCUCCGUAGCUUGCUAGACAAAAUAGACGAACCAAUAAAGCUCGUUCGACGCUUUAUUGUAUAUAAGCCACUGUGUUUAAAACCCACUUCUGUCGUCUAGUUAGUUAUCCGAUUUAAUUUCAUAUUUACGGUGUUGUAGUUAUUAUUCAGCUAGCGGGCUGGUUAAGUUAGCAUUAGCCUAGCUAACAUCCCUGACCAUGAGCUCACUAAGCUACUCUCCUCCUGAAGACGAUGAGGUCUGCUUGACGGAGAAAGAGGGUCUGUGGCUAAACGUUGUCGUGAAAGAGGAAGAGGACGAUGUCACAAUACAAAAACAAGUAGAGGGUGAGGGUGUUACAGUGAAAGAAGAAGAUAAAUACGUUUCAGUGAAAGAAGAGGAAGAUGCGUUCAGAGUGAAAGAGGAGGAGGAUGUUACUGUAAAAGAAGAGGAGGAUGCAGUUCUUGGAGUGAAAGAGGAGAAGGGGGAGAUGACUGUCACAUUGGAAGAAGAGGGGGAUGAAGAGGAGGAAACUGAAUAUCUGGGCUCGGUUUCCCAAAGGCAUGUUAAGGCAUCCAAUAGUUCUAGCGAUGGACGCUUCCUGAUUAACACCAUAGAGAGACGUGACUAUCGUGGAUCCUCUGGGGAGCCUCAACAACAUCAUGAUGCUGACGAGGCAGAGAAGAGUCUCUCCAGAUCAGAAAACCUCAAGAAACACCUGCAGAGAUCCACAGGGAAGAAAUCUCACUGCUGCUCUGACUGUGGGAAGAGAUUCAACUCUUCAGUAAAACUUAAAAUACAUCAAAGAAUUCACACUGGAGUGAAACCAUAUAGCUGUAGUCAAUGUGGGAAGAGUUUUUCUACAUCUCGCUAUCUAACUAUACACCAGAGAACACACACAGGAGAGAAACCUUUUGGCUGUGAUCACUGUGGGAAGAGUUUUAUUCGGCAACAAACCCUGAAAUCACACCAGAGAAUACACACUGGAGAGAAACCUUACAGCUGUAAUCAAUGUGGGAAGAGUUUUUCUACAUCUAGCUAUGUAACUAUACACCAGAGAACACACACAGGAGAGAAACCAUAUAGCUGUAAUCAAUGUGGGAAGAGUUUUACUUGGCCAGACAGCCUGAUAGUACACCAGAGAACACACACAGGAGAUAAUCCUUAUAGCUGUGAUCAAUGUGGGAAGAGUUUUACUACAUCUAGCCAGCUGACUUUGCACCAGAGGACACACACAGGAGAGAAAUCUUGUAAAUGUGAUCAAUGUGGGAAGAGUUUUACUCGGCCAUACAACCUGAUAGUACACCAGAGAACACACACAGGAGAGAAACCUUGUAGCUGUGAUCAAUGUGGGAAGAGUUUUACUACAUCUAGCCAGCUGACUUUGCACCAGAGAACACACACAGGAGAAAAACCUUUUAGGUGUGAUCAAUGUGGGAAGAGUUUUACUAGAUCUAGCUAUCUAACUAUACACCAGAGAACACACACAGGAGAGAAUCCUUGCUGUAAUCAAUGUGGGAAGAGAUACUCUGAUAAAAGAUCUCUGACUAAACAUCAGAAAAUACAUGAAGGAGUUGUUUCAUGAUAUCAAUGAAAUGUCACAAUGUAGAAUGUUUUAACAUUGUAGUAGCAGUAUUCUAAUGAUGUCAGAAUAUAGAAUGUUUUAACAUUGUAGUAACAGUAUUCUAAUGAUGUCACAUUGUAGAAUGUUUUAACAUUGUAGUAGCAGUAUUUUAAUGUCACAUUGUAGAAUGUUUUAACAUUGUAGUAGCAGUAUUUUAAUGAUGUCACAAUGUAGAAUGUUUUAACAUUGUAGUAGCCGUAUUCUAAUGAUGUCACAAUAUAGAAUGUUUUAACUUUGUGGGAGCAGUAUUUUAAUGAAUGUCAGAAUGUAGAAGCCUAAAUGUUUGCCCCUUGUUCAAUUGAUAUUAGUUACUAAGGAUAUUGCAGGAGUUUCUUCUUGAAAUCAGACAUGUCCGUGUGAGGACAACUUGGUUGCUGAUUGUAUCAAGGGUGGGCAGUCAAAAAGAUUAGUGUUUUGCGUUGAGCCAGUGCGUUACCAUGGCUACCACAAUUUAUUUUGACUGCAUGUUUUUCCGUAUUGGAGAUGAGUUUUGUUUGGGCUCGUUCCAAGGGGACGAGUGUUCUAGAAGCUGGUGAGUUUUAGGAAGAAGAGAGUUCUAGAAGCGAGUGAGUUUUAGGAUUCUAUAGUAAGAAAAAGGAUUUAAAAAAUAAUACUAUUAUAUAUUAUUAUUUAGAAAUGUGUUUUUUCUUGUUAAUCUUUGACAGCCAGUAGACACCAUGUUUAUAUUGUAGAAGGUGAAGCAUUGUAGUAGAUUAUAAUGUGAAAUGGAAGUUAUUUUCUGUUGGUGGUGAGCAAACUUUUCCAAGAAAAAUAUUGGAUAUAUUUGUUGUCUUUUGUUUUGAGGUUGGACUUUAGCACGUAUAGCUCGUUAGCACAUAGGAUGCACUCGUUAGUCAGUAUGUGUUACACCUGUGCUGGCUUGUCCAUCUCGUUAGUGGGAAGGUGUUUCACCUGAGCUGGUCCAGGUUCUAUUUAAGAGCGUCUGGCCCAGUGCUCCAGUU